UGGGGGUGAUCCUGGUCCUAACCCUGUUGCCCCGACCGCUGCAACGCAACCAAGGCCCAGCGACAAUCCCACCUCUACCUGCGGCCCGAGCGCUGCAUCUAAAAUAGCGGGCGCCAUGUGUGCCGAAUUCAGAGGGAAGAACUGCUCUCUCCCCGCGCCCACAGCAAUCAGCGCGGUUCCCGGGCACAAGCUUGAUGUGUCCGCAGCCUUCCUACCCCACAACGCAAACAGACAGAAUAACUCUCACCCGUCCCCUCAACAAUACAAGCCAGCGGCGAACUGUGCAGGCGAUCCAACCAAGCUGAUGACAGCUGCUGCACUGAAGGGACAGAAUGCCGCACAGCGACCAUUCCCGCCAAUGACAACCGACCCUGCCGCCAAGCGAGGUACUUCUGCAACCGGGCCAACCUCACAGUCACCUUAUGCCCAUCUUGAAUUGCGGCAGCCCCGAAUAAUCCAGCGUGGAAGUCGGCUGCAAGUUUUAUUGGACUGCAUACAGUUCCCUGCUUUGGCGGACACUAGCCUCCUGAUGAUCAAAUAUGGCAGACUCAAAUAG